AUGUCAAUACAGUCGGCACAUUCUUUGCUGGAGCUUGAUCAUUUCGACACUUUCGACAUCUGUCUUGACGAAGAGAUAAAGAUUCGUGUCAACAACAACUUCCUUAGUUUCGAUCACAAUACUCUCACGUUGGUUCUUGUUUGUGUUAUCGAACCAGGCCAGGUGAUAUCGAAAUCCACCCUUGGAAUUCUGCGAAUAGAAAAGCUCCAGAAAGACGAUGUCUUUCAGCCGGUAUUCAGCAACACUGUUGUCUUCUAUGGCGCCAAGCUGGAGGAGGUAGAGUUUCAGGAAGAUGCUUUGGAGGCACUAGCUGCAUGGGGUACCAAAACGUGGAGCUUCGUUCCAGGAGAAAACCAUGGGCUUACGCGGACCGGCCCCGACUUCAACGUCAAAGUUGACGAACCAAAGGCUGGACUCGAUGGAAGAGUCCUGGUACCAUCACGAUGCUACUUCAAUCCGAGCAAAACCCGCCCUCUUGACGGUGCAAGAAUAAGCGUCAAGGACAACAUUGAUAUCGCAGGCCACAAGACCACCCUAUGCAAUCGUGCCUGGGAAGAUUUAUACCCACCCAGGUCCAAACACGCAGACUGCGUCCAGAGUCUGUUGGACGCUGGGGCUAUCAUCGUUGGGAAAACCAAGCUGCAAGCAAUGAUCAUGAGGGAGGAGCCACUAGAGUGUGUGGAGUUCGCAGCACCGUUCAAUCCUCGGGGCGACGGUUACCAAGUCCCUUCAGGAAGCAGUCAUGGGAGCGCUGCAGGCAUAGCAUCAUAUGACUGGCUAGACUUCUCACUUGGUUCGGACACAAACGGAAGUGGACGGAAGCCAGCGUCAUACAAUGGAUGCUUCUCGAUCCGACCCUCCACCGGCAUUCUAAGUACCAACGGAGUCAUAGGACAGUUCAAGUGA